UGUUUUGAGCGUAUGUUACAAAGAUGGCUGUCUCCCUUAUCAUAAAAUGGGGUGGGCAAGAAUUCUUAAUAACUACCCUGUCGGAAGAGGACACUGUGUUAGAUCUCAAGCAGUCUCUCAAGGGGCUUACUGGAGUGCUGCCAGAACGUCAAAAGCUUCUUGGACUAAAAGUGAAAGGCAAGCAAGCAGAGAAUGAUGUUAAGCUUGGAACACUAAAACUAAAACCAAAUACUAAAAUUAUGAUGAUGGGGACACGUGAGGAAAGCUUGGAAGAUGUCCUUGGGCCACCCCCUGACAAUGAAGAUGUGGUCAAUGAUUUUGAUAUUGAAGAGGAAGUUGUUGAAGUGGAGAAUAGGGAAGAGAAUCUUCUAAAAAUCUCUCGCAGAGUUAAAGAGUACAAAGUGGAAAUAUUGAAUCCUCCAAGGGAAGGGAAGAAGUUAUUGGUUUUGGAUGUUGACUACACCCUAUUUGACCAUAGGUCAUGUGCAGAGACUGGAGUUGAACUGAUGAGGCCAUACUUGCAUGAGUUCCUGACAUCUGCGUAUGAAGACUAUGAUAUUGUAAUUUGGUCUGCUACUAAUAUGAAGUGGAUUGAAGCUAAAAUGAAGGAGCUGGGAGUGAGCACCAAUGCAAACUACAAGAUAACCUUCAUGUUGGACAGUGCUGCCAUGAUAACCGUGCAUACUCCAAGGCGAGGAUUAAUUGAUGUGAAACCUCUGGGUGUUAUAUGGGGCAAAUUUUCAGAGUUUUACAAUAAGAAAAAUACGAUCAUGUUUGAUGACAUUGGACGAAAUUUUCUGAUGAAUCCACAAAAUGGACUGAAGAUAAAGCCCUUCAUGAAGGCACAUUUAAACAGAGAUAAAGAUAAAGAGCUUUUAAAACUUACUCAGUACCUCAAGGAAAUAGCAAAAUUAGAUGACUUUUUAGAGCUGAACCACAAGCACUGGGAAAGGUACCUUUCAAAGAAACAAAGCCAAUAGCUUUAAUUUGUGAAGCAGAAUGUAGAGAUCCUUUGACCUUUCCUCCUGUGUAAGCUAGAAUAAAUAGUGCUGGACACUGACUUAGCCACCAGAGUGACUCUUUACACAUGGUCUUACUAUUGGUUUGCUCUGUCUGAAGAUUACAGCAAACAGCAGAAAAUGAAAACAAUUGCUCUUGUGUUUUUCUCUGGUGUUACCAUUUGAAAUAAUAUCAUCUGUACUGCUACUCUAGUAUUCCCAAG